AGUGCACGCUUUGCCACCAUUUUACCACGAAUAUUCUGCCAGGAUCUUCCACCACACAAAGACAAGAUAUGUAAUAUCGGCCGUUGUAGAUUUUAGAUGACUGUUACUGGAUCGUCUGGAACGAUAUUCUGAACAGUACCGACGACAAAUUUACACGUUAGAGUGUCUAGCGACGGUCAACUAUCGUGUGUGUAGUGUUAGCUGUGUCUUUUGUUUGCUCAAUUCAAGAUAGGUCUGUUAUAACGUCAUGCCUACAACAUGUGGGUUUCCUAAUUGCAAGUUUCGUUCACGUUACAAGGGAUCUGACGACCCACGCCAUUUUUAUCGUGUGCCUAAGAAACCCGCUAUAUUACGUGAGAGGUGGUUAGAAGCUAUUGGAAGGACUGAAGAAACCAUUGUUGGUCAGGGGCCCUGCUGAACUGCUAUUGACAGACAGCGUCCGUGACAAGAGUCCUGAUACACAGCCGAGUUUUAUUAAGUUACGUGUUUGUAGUUGUCAUUUUGUUGGUGGAGAAAAAAGAGAAGGUGACGUACCUGUACCUGAUCCUGAAUUUGAUCCGCCAAUAACGAUAGACAUUUCCUCAGUUAAGCCUAACUCCCCUAUGGACAAAUCCCAAAACAGGAGAAAUAAAAGGCCAAGAAUGUCCGUCGACAGAAUUGUAGAAAAUAUUCGCCACCCUGCUGUAGGUGUUAACAACCCAAUCCAUCCACGCCCAUUGAUAGCACUAUUGGAUGGAAGGGAUUGUAGUGUUGAGAUGCCCAUCCUCAAGGAUGUUGCCACGGUUGCGUUUUGUGAUGCGCAAUCCACGCAAGAAAUACAUGAAAAGGUUCUUAAUGAAGCGGUUGGAGCACUGCUCUACCAUACUAUUACAUUAACCAGAGAAGACUUAGAAAAAUUUAAAGCCUUGCGUAUCAUUGUUCGUAUUGGCGUCGGCUAUGAUAAUAUUGAUAUAAAGGCUGCCGGUGAUAUGGGUAUUGCAGUGUGUAACGUACCUGGGUACUGCGUUGAAGAAGUUGCAGACUCCACAUUGUGUUUGAUUCUGAAUUUAUAUCGCCGCACACAUUGGCUAGCUGAAAUGGUGAAACAAGGAAAGAAAAUAGCCACUUCAGAAAACAUUCGUGAAGCCGCGCAUGGAGCAACUAGAAUUCGUGGUGAAACACUUGGAAUUAUUGGACUUGGUCGUACUGGCUCCGCCGUUGCAUUACGUGCCAAGGUGUUUGGUUUUAAUGUAAUUUUUUAUGAUCCAUAUCUACAAGAAGGUAUUGAGAGAUCUCUUGGACUCACUAGAGUCUACACACUGCAGGAUUUGUUGUUCCAAAGUGAUUGUGUCUCACUGCACUGUAAUCUGAAUGAACACAACCAUCACCUCAUCAAUGACUUCACUAUCAAACAAAUGCGACAGGGAGCUUUUCUUGUGAACACUGCACGUGGUGGUCUCAUCGAUGAGAGCGCCCUGGCAAAUGCCUUGAAAGAGGGACGAAUUCGUGCUGCUGCCUUGGAUGUACAUGAAAAUGAGCCGUUUAAUUUCAGCACUGGCCCACUAAAAGAUGCUCCGAAUCUAAUCUGUACCCCGCAUUCAGCUUUCUAUAGUGCCCAAAGCUCUGCUGAAUCACGUGAAAGUGCCGCUGGAGAGAUAAGACGUGCUAUUACAGGCCGGAUACCGGAAAAUCUGCGUAACUGUGUUAACAAGGAGUACCUAUUGGGUCAGUGGUCGGAGACGCCGCAUCCAGGUGAUAUGAAUGGUGGUAGUCGAUACCCUCCAUACAGCCACCAGGUUUUAAUACCCCCGACUCCGCCACAGACGGGGAAUCCAAUUGAAAACCAUGGUCCAGCCGCUUCAUUACCACCACAGAGUGGUCCUCAUAGUAUGAUUACUGAAACUGCCAAUCACGUACCACCAGCCCAGAAAGUGGAGGCUGAACAAUAACCCAGGCAUCUGGACUAUUUUCCCAACAACAACCAAACUGCAUUAUGAUUUUUGAGAGUAUCUGAACCAUUGCAUGGAAUGUUACAUCAAUAUAUCAUGCACUGCUCAUAUUUCAUUCAAGACUCGUUGUGUUAAUGACUUUUUUUUUGCAAACGAGGAAUUGUCGUAUUUGACAGUGUGGGCAAGUACACAGGUUGCUGGUAUCGUAGGAGGAGAACAGUUAAUUUGGACCUCGCCAGCGCCUACAGACCUUGCCCAAUGGCAGUUGUAUAUUGGUUUGAAAGCAAGCCAUGGUAGAAGGGUCAUAAAUCGCACAGCAAGCAGAUUACGCUUUUGCCCGUACUGGCCCGUGAAGUGACCAGUGGAAUUACCCAGGAGCUUUUUGUUGCUACAAGUUUUUAUGCAGACACAUUCAAUUUGUGCAUCUCUUUUUUUUCCCUAUGAUGCUUCCCGAUAAAGUAGUGUUUGUUUUUUGCAUGAGUGGUUAUGCAAAAAUAUGUUGUUGUUUUUUAGGGAAUACUCGUUAGAUUAUCAUUUGCAUCUGUUUUGCAUUUAUUAUUAUUGAGUACUAGAAUGUGUUUGUAUCUCCAACAAUUUCAAUAAUUCAACGUUAAUUUUUGUACUGCGGCCAUGUAAUAUUAUUAUUCUGUUAUUUCAAUCAUAGUUUCUUGAAAUAAUUGAUCCUUCAUGUAUUGGCAGAACAAUUUGGGUGAUUGCGUUUUUAAUUACACAUUGAUGAACGGACAACAGACCUGCCAGCCCAGUCUUGUGUCCGAAUCAACAAACUACCUCUUGUUGGUCUACUCUCCUCAUGGGUGAACGUGAAAUGAUUAAAAAAAAAGUUCAAUUUUCAAAAAAAAAAUUAACAAAAAUCAUGGCUGAAUCAUGUUGCUUCCAUUUUUAAAUCAUGUAGUUCGUUCAGCUGCAAAAAAAAGUUUCAAUCAUUUUGGCAAAAAAACAACACAGUGGCUUAAUUUCAGUGAAAGUCACUGGUGUGUUCAGUUUCAGAAAUGCGACCAAACCAAAGAUUUUUUUUUUGUACAAAAAAAAUUCAAUCUUCAACUUUGUUGCAACGUUGUCUUGUAUUGGUCCUGUUAAAAAAGAAGAAAGACAAGAUGUGUCCUUGUUUUCGGCUAAAUUUGUACACCUGUGUUAAUGUGAAGAAGUUCUAGCUAUCAGGUAUACUUGAAAAAGAAAUGUUAGUAGAAAGUAGAGCUGUUUAAAAAAAAGAUUUAAAAAAAAAAAGAAAAAAAAAAUUUCCUCCCUAAUUGAUAGAUUAUUGCAUUCCAUUAAUUGUUAUAUAGUAGAUGGGCAAAUGAUAGAUCUUUCCUAGGUGUUUUAUCAUAUCAUGUAUAACGUAUGUAGUAAUGCUAGUACUUGGUUUCUAUAUUGAAGGACAUAUAUACAUACACAGGUAGCUCUUGUGUAUGGCAAAUUUUAUAGUCUACACACGAAAGCAUGUAUUUUCAAGUAAAAAAAAAAGGUACAGUAGGACGAGUACUAAAAGGCUUUAUUUUUCGACUAAUGAGAAAUUCGAGGCCUUUUUGAUGAAUAUUUAGCGUAAGUAGGAUUCCUUCUCAGCGGACUUUUUACUGGAUUUAACUAUUGCGACCAAAGUCAGUUUUUCCCAAAGUUGGUGUUUUGUUUUGAUGAGAGUGGUAAUUAUUGGAUCCAAGCAGUUGUGCUGAAAUAAACAGAAAGAAAGCAAAUACUAAAAUUGAGGAAUGCAACAAUGGCGUAAUAAUUUUUCCAUUAUUGAGUGCUGUGUAGGUUUAUUUUUAAAAGAAGAAUUUAGGAGUGGUCUCGAAGAGCUGAUCGGGACCUCGCUGGAAAAUGAUGCUGUGUAUGCGUGAAAAGCUUCACUCUUAGUUUUCUCCAAAACUAUGACUGCGUCUUUCACUCUUAUCUACUUCCCACAUAUCACAAUGUUCCAUUUUAGAUAUACUAAAAUUUGUGUCCUUUUUAUCAAUCAAGUGCUUCUUGUCUAGUGUUCCAAAAUGUGGAGUUCAAAGGUCAUGUACACGUUUUGUUUGCGUUGCCAUUUCCUUUACGUCUUUCCAGUAUCUGGCCAGUUUCUAGUUCUAAUGUUCAUUCAAGUUCAUCUAAGUUUUAAUGUAAGGUUGAACACAAUUAAGAAUUAUCUAACUCUGCUGCUACUGCUGCUGCCAUUUUUUUCUCUAAUUUUGUUUUGUUGGGGUUUAUUGUAUACUAGUAGUUGUAUACUGUGUUUUUGACCACAGGGCAUCCAGGUAUUGUACAGCAGAAUUUCAAUCAUGUUCAUUUCAGACAACUUUACUAAUCAAUGUAAACAAAUAUCUGUGUUCAUAUUUAAACUUUGAAUGCAUGUUAACAGAUCAAAAUUAAUGAGCAAUUCAUGUUUCAGCAGCACAUUUCACAGUGCUUUCCUCAGAUGUGUUAACGUCCAUCAUUAUCCACUGCAAAGCUGAAAAAUUUGAUGUUAGUCCAUAGUGGAAUACUGAGAUGCAAGUGCGAGCGAUUUCGUUGACAUUGAUAUAGGGUGUUGUCAGCUACCUCUGUUAAGUCAAUAUCAUUAUAUUAUGUAGCGUGAAAGUCAAGCUGAUACCGAAAAACAAGGAAGGGAUCGUCUCAAUAAACUGUUUCCAUUUUUUGACCAGUAAAAGUUCCACAAAGUAGUUUAUAAAAAUCGGUUUUGAAGGUGCCUUUGAUCCAGACUGGCAUUUGUUUUCUACAUCUUUGCGUAAACAUUUUAAUGGAUAAAUUGGGUGACUUUGAUUCUAGGAAUAAAUGUAUACAGAAAUUGUUCAACGUGUUCUCUGCAAGUGACCUUUGACCUUCACUGCAAGUUCUUUGAUUUGCAUAUUCUUUUCUCUCAUUGCAAAGAAACUGUUUUUUUAGAAGAAUAGAUAUAUUCAAAUUAGUUGUACUUUCCAGCGAUUUUUGUAUUCUACAAACUUACCAAAAGUUCACUGUACUGUUGAAAAUUUCACCAUCCCCCCAAUAGUUUCUGUAUUUUUGUUUAUUAGAGAUUUACUAGUGGUACAGUUUUGUUACCUAAUUUUGUUUGCAGCAAUCUUUUGUGUAGAUAAAUAAAAAUGUGAGGACGAGCACAGAUGUA